AAUGACAGUGGUAUGCCGGAGGACUUGCUGGGUGCAAGUUGCAAGGUCGGGACCUUGCACGAAGAAGACAACCUCGUGGCAGAGCUGGAGGAAUCGAUCGUCCGUGAAAAGGAUCCCUUCUGAGAGGGGUACUGCAAACGAACCGGCACGAGGAAGAUCGACGGAGGGGAGGGGCCGUUGCAUGCACGGCUGGCUAACGUCGAACACGAACUGCAGAAGGAGGGGAAAGGCGACGAAGAAGAAGAAAAACGAAGAGAAAAAAGAAGAUCGAGCCGGUGGAGCGGGGGCUGAAGAGGAGAAGAUGCGCGGGCAGCGAACAGAAAGCACAGCCGGACUGCGGAGAAGCAACGCGUACCUUCUCGAAGAACGAAAGGUUAUAGGAACGAGAAAACAUGGCGGCCGGGAGAGAAGAUUUGGCGGCAAAUUCAAAUCGUCAAAUGAAUUUUUGUAA